AUGGCUCAGGCCCUACUCUAUGCAGAUGAUAUUGUAUUAGUAGAGGAUACAGAAGAAAAACUCCAGAAUGCAAUAAUGGAAUGGAAAGAGAAGCUGGAGAGAAAAGGUAUGCAACUAAAUGUGGAAAAGAGCAAGGUCAUGCAUGUUGGAAGAACAGAUGAACAGAUAUUGGAAAUCCAGUGUAAUGAUAGGAGAAUGGACCAGGUCAGUGAGUAUGAGUACCUUGGAGUCAUUAUAGAUAGAAAUGGACGAAUAGACCAGGAGGUGCUCAAUAGAGUCAAGAAGGCAAACCAAGUGUACUACUCGAUAUGCAAUACAAUUGUGGGUAGGAGAGAGGUUAGUAGACGCGCAAAGCUGCAAAUAUUUAAAACUGUGUUCUUGCCCACGAUGCUGUAUGGAGCAGAAAGCUGGAUCACUUUGGAUAAGCACAUGAGCAGGGUCACAGCAGCGGAAAUGCGAUACCUCAGGAGAAUAGUGGGUAAAAAUAGGAGGGACCGUAUAAGAAAUGAAACUGUGAGGCAGGACUUGGAAGUAAGGCCGGUGAGCGGGAUUCUGGAAGAGAGACAGUUGAAGUGGCUGGGGCAUGCAAGUAGGGCGGACGAAACAAAGAAGAUAAGACAGUUCCUUGAAGCCAAACCGGAGGGAAAAAGACCAAGAGGCAGACCACGACUGGCAUACCAGGAGUAUAUGGUGAGGUUGGGGGAGGUGCGAGGAAGUAGCUGGCGGGAGAUGCGGAGAAUGAUGGGGGAUAGACUGGUGUGGAGAAGAUGGACCGAGGCUCAAAACCACCCGACGCUGAGAGGCAGAAGGGUUCGCUAA